GCCCUUACUACAAACAUCACAUUUUUGCUUCUCAUUUAUUCCAUUCCAUUUUAUUUAGGUCAAGAAAUUAACACACACCAAAGAAAGAGAAAGAGAGAAGCAAAAACAAAAACAAGAACAAGAACAACAACAUCGUUAGUUUUUACCGUUGAUGGCCACCCGAGUAAUCCCUCCAAGAAUCCUAAGGAACCUCCGUUACAACACCGCAACAAAGCCUCUAACAUCUCCACACCCUUCUCUCUCACCAACUCUCUCUCUUCCCGGUUUAGUUGACCCCAAACCACCCUCCUCAGCCGCCAUCCUCCCUCCCGCCGCCGACCCCUCCUCCCUCAACCUCCACGACGUCGAGAGGCUAUUCUCACACGUCCCCACCGCCAACCUCCUCCGCUCCACCGCGGUGCUCCACGCCACCGCGCUUGAGCCAAUGGUUGACCUUGGCAUGUGGAUCAUGAGGUCCAAGCUCAUGGAGAUGGAUGGUCUCAAAGAUCUCGUCCUCGCCGCCAUCCGCCACACCUUUUACGACAACUUCUGCGCCGGCGAGGACGCCGCCACCGCCGGAAAAAGUAUUAGGUCCUUAAACGACGCCGGUUUGCGUGGCAUGCUUGUGUAUGGCGUGGAAGAUGCUCAUGACAACCUUGGUUGUGACCGGAACCUUAAAGGGUUCCUUCACACCGUCGAUGUUAGCAGAUCGCUUCCACCAUCUUCGGUGAGCUUUGUCAUCGUGAAAAUCACUGCAAUAUGUCCCAUGAGUUUGCUAGAAAGAAUUAGUGACUUGCUUAGAUGGCAGCAGAAAGACCCUUCUUUCAAUUUGCCAUGGAAGAAAGAUUCCUUCCCCAUUUUUGCACAGUCGAGUCCUUUGUACCACACCCGGAAGAGACCGGAGCCUCUAACCCCACAAGAAGAGAGUGAUCUGGAACUUGCCAAUCAGAGACUCCUUGAACUUUGCCAAAAGUGUGUGCAAACCAAUGUUCCUUUGUUGAUUGAUGCAGAGCAUACCUCGGUUCAACCUGCUAUUGAUUACUUCACAUAUUCCUCUGCCGUUAUGCACAACAAAGGUGACAACCCCAUUGUGUUUGGAACCAUUCAGACUUACCUGAAAGAUGCCAAGGAUAGGUUGUUGCUGGCAACAAAGGCUGCUGACAAAAUGGGAAUCCCAAUGGGGUUCAAAUUGGUGAGAGGUGCUUAUAUGUCGACUGAAAGAAGAUUGGCUGCUUCUUUGGGUUAUGCAUCCCCAAUUCACAAUACAAUCCAGGACACACACAAGUGCUUCAAUGAUUGUUCAUCUUUUCUGCUUGAGAAGAUUGCUAAUGGCUCUGGUGGGGUUGUUCUUGCAACGCAUAAUGUUGAAUCAGGGAAAUUGGCUGCUGCAAAAGCUCAUGAAUUGGGAAUUGGAAAGGUGAACCAUAAGCUUGAAUUUGCACAGCUAUAUGGAAUGUCAGAGGCACUGUCCUUUGGUUUGAGCAAUGCAGGGUUUCAGGUUAGCAAGUAUAUGCCAUUUGGACCUGUAGAGACUGUUAUGCCAUAUCUCCUGAGAAGGGCUGAAGAGAAUAGAGGGAUGUUGACUGCUUCAGGCUUUGAUAGGUACCUGAUGAGAGAGGAGCUGGUAAGGAGACUAAAAGCUGGUGCCUUUUAAAUCGAUGGGUGAAUUAAUGGUUUGUAAUAAUGUCUUGAUUGUAGGCAAUAGGAUUCGCCAAAUCUUUGUACAAAUUAGAGAAUCCUGUAAUCUGUUUGAAUUGCGCAUUCAAGAUAAUGAAAUGUGCAUUGUGCUACGUAUACUCCACUUUUUUGUGCGUAGUGCAAUACGUGAAAACAAAAAAUACUAUUUAUUCAGUGUAUACGUAAUUCCAUUUGA